CCUUUUCUAGCCUUGAUCCGAGGUUUGCAGUUGUUCCGUUUCUCACACCCAAGUGUUCAAAGACUUCUAGCUCCAGUGGCAGGUUCCUACAAUUGUUAGCCUUGACCUUGGCCAAAGCCUUUCUCUGAACCUCAGUUUCUCCAGUUAUAAGUAAGAGAUGAUACCUGUCUAAGGUGUUCUAAGAAUACACGAGAGCGUGUGUAGGGCAGGGCCCAGUGCUUACGAGCAGAGUGCUUGUAAAUAGCGGCACUUCCUGAGCACUUGCUCUGUUCCGGGAUGGAGCUGAGCACUAGUUGUCCCGGUCUAGCCCUCCCAGUUGGUUUGGAAGGCAGGUACAUUUGUUCCUGUUUCUCAGCCAAGGACUGGAGGCCCGACAGUUUACUGGGCUGGGCCGGGCCUGUCGUGGGGCAGCCGUUCAGACUGCCCGCCGCCAGGCUUCCAGUCCCCGCCCGCUGCGCUUCCCGCCGACGGAGACUCCCGGGCCGGCCCCGCCCCCUCCGCUGCAGUUCCGCCCCCGGCAUAGCCCCGCCCCCGGCAUAGCCCCGCCCCCAGGCGGAGCCGGCGCCCGGAGCUGUAGCGGGAGAGCAGGCAGCUGGACCCCAUCGCGGGAGGAGGUGGCAGAGGGCAGGAACCGGCCUGCCGGCUGGGCAGCAACCACCCGUGCCUGCCAAUGCGGCCCGGCACCCGGAGAGCCAAGUCCCCAGGUCCGAGGCACGCCCAUGUGGGCCGGCGGCGUGGGGAGUCCUCGGCGGGGCCCAGCCCCUGAGCCCACCGAUGACCUCUUCGCCCGCAAGCUGCGCCAGCCGGCGCGGCCCCCGCUGACGCCACACACCUUCGAGCCCAGGCCAGCCCGCGGCCCGCUCCUGCGCAGCGACAGCGAUGCGGGCGAGGCCCGGCCCCCGACACCGGCCAGCCCUCGCGCCCGCGCCCACAGCCACGAGGAGACCGGCCGCCCCCCCGCGCCCCCCGCCCGCUUCUUCUCCGACCCGCUGGCGCUGCUGGGGCUGCCGGUCGAGGAGCCAGAGCCCGAGUUCCCGCCCGUGCCCGAGCCCCGCUGGUUCGCCCACUAUGACGUGCAGAGCCUGCUCUUUGACUGGGCUCCGAGGCCCCGGGGGACGGGGGGCCACGCAGAGGCGGGCUCUGGGACCCCCGCCUCGUCUCAGGACCAGACUGCCCGCUCCGACCUGCUGCUUGAGGCGCCUGGCUUCGUGAGUGAGCUCGGGGGUGAGGGCGAGCUGGGACUGGGUGGACUGGUGUCUCCACCUGUGCCCCCCUCACUGCCCAACGCGGCCGUGUCCGUCCUGGAGGAGCCACAGAACCGAACCUCGGCCUACAGCCUGGAGCAUGCAGACCUGGGCGCUGGCUACUACCGCAAGUACUUCUACGGCAAAGAACACCAGAACUUCUUCGGACUGGACGAGGUGCUGGGCCCGGUGGCAGUGAGCCUGCGGCGGGAGGAGAAGGAGAGCAGCGGAGGGGGCACUCUGCACAGCUACCGCAUCAUCGUGCGGACCACGCAGCUCCGGACCCUCCGUGGCACCAUCUCGGAGGACGCGCUGCCGCCAGGGCCCCCGAGAGGCCUGUCCCCAAGGAAGCUUCUAGAGCACGUGGCAUCGCGGCUGAGCCCGACCUGCCUGCGCCUGGGCUCAGCUUCACCGAAGGUGCCCCGCACGCUGCUUACGCUGGACGAGCAAGUGCUGAGCUUCCAGCGCAAGGUGGGCAUCCUGUACUGCCGGGCGGGCCAGGGCUCGGAGGAGGAGAUGUACAACAACCAGGACGCAGGACCCUCCUUCAUGCAGUUCCUCACCCUGCUGGGUGACGUGGUGCGGCUCAAAGGCUUUGAGAGCUACAGGGCCCAGCUGGACACCAAAACGGAUUCCACGGGCACGCACUCCCUCUACACCACGUACCAGGACCAUGAGAUCAUGUUCCACGUGUCCACGAUGCUGCCUUACACCCCCAAUAACCAGCAGCAGCUCCUGCGGAAGCGCCACAUUGGCAACAACAUUGUGACCAUCGUGUUCCAGGAACCCGGCAGCAAGCCCUUCUGCCCCACCACCAUACGCUCGCACUUCCAGCACGUAUUCCUAGUCGUGCGGGCCCACGCGCCCUGCACUCCGCACACCUCCUACAGGGUGGCUGUGAGCCGCACCCAGGACACCCCGGCCUUUGGGCCAGCUCUGCCCCCUGGCGGAGGUCCCUUUGCGGCCAACGCCGACUUCCGGGCCCUCCUGUUGGCCAAGGCGCUCAAUGGCGAGCAGGCGGCGGGCCACGCACGCCAGUUCCACGCCAUGGCCACGCGCACGCGCCAGCAGUAUCUGCAGGACCUGGCCACCAACGAGGUGACCACCACGUCGCUGGACUCGGCUUCCCGUUUCGGCCUGCCUUCCCUGGGCGGGAGGCGGCGGGCGUCCCCCCGGGGCCCGGGCGCUGAGCUGCAGGCGGCAGGGGCGCUGGUGUGGGGCGUACGCGCGGCGCCCGGGGCGCGGGGCGCGACCGGAGCCGAGGAGGGCGGCCCUGACGGCGCAGAGGUGCCAUGCCUGCUGGGCAUCUCGGCCGAGGCGCUGGUGCUGGUGGCGCCGCGCGACGGCCGUGUAGUCUUCAACUGCGCCUGUCGCGACGUGCUGGCCUGGACCUUCUCCGAGCAGCAGCUCGACCUGUACCACGGCCGCGGGGAGGCGAUCAUGCUGCGGUUCGACGGGCCCCCCGGCCAAGCCGUUGGCGAGGUCGUGACGCGCCUGCAGCUGGUGAGCCGCGGCUGCGAGACCCGCGAGCUGGCGCUGCCCCGCGACGGCCAAGGCCGCCUGGGCUUCGAGGUGGACGCCGAGGGCUUCGUCACGCACGUGGAGCGCUUCACGUUCGCGGAGACGACGGGGCUGCGGCCCGGGGCGCGCCUGCUGCGCGUGUGCGGCCAGACGCUGCCCAGUCUCGGCCCCGAGGCCGCUGCCCAGCUGCUGCGCUCGGCGCCCAAGGUCUGCGUCACCGUCCUGACCCCCGACGAGAGCGGCCGGCCCCGCAGGAGCUUUUCGGAGCUGUACAUGCUGUCUCUGCAGGAGCCCAGCCGGCGGGGGGCUCCCGAGCCAGUGCAGGAUGAGGCCCCAGCAGUGGCCCUACUGGCCACCACGAAGCAGCUGCUGCAAGUGUGCCUGAACGAUGGCAGUGGUCCUCCAGGGCCCGGGGACCUGGCCGAGGAGAGAACCGAGUUCCUGCACAGCCAGAACCCUCCAUCACCCUGCAGCUCCCUGUCCGACGAGGCCCCAGUCCUGCCCAACACCACCCCGGACCUCCUCCUUGCCACCACAGCCAAGCCGGCAGCACCCAGUGCUGGCAGGGAGACACCCCCCACCCAGGACGGGCCAGGCAGCCCCAGUGGCUGUGAGGACAGGGGUGACCCAGCCCCGGAACUGAGGGCCUCCUUCUUGCCACGAACCUUGUCUCUGAGGAACUCCAUCAGCAAAAUCAUGUCAGAGGCGGGCAGCGAGACCCUGGAAGAUGAGUGGCAGUCCAUCUCAGAGAUCGCCUCCACCUGCAACACCAUCCUGGAGUCGCUCUCCCGGGAGGGGCCACCCAUCCCAGAGAGCAGAGAUGCCAAGGGAACUCCAAAAUCUGACGCUGAGCCAGAACCCGGGAGCCUGUCUGAGAAGGUCUCUCACCUGGAGUCCAUGCUCAGGAAGCUGCAGGAUGACCUGCAGAAGGAGAAGGCAGACAGGGCGGCCCUGGAGGAGGAGGUGCGGAGCCUGCGACACAACAACCGGCGGCUGCAGGCCGAGUCCGAGAGCGCGGCCACCCGCCUGCUCCUGGCCUCCAAGCAGCUGGGCUCCCCCACCAGCGACCUGGCCUGAAGCUGUCGGGUCCAGCCUCAGCCUGGCUGCGGACCUGCUGGAACUGCCCGGUCGCUCGCUUGGGGCACCUGGGCCAUACCAGGCCCUGGGCCCUCCUCAGGGACUAUCCCUGCGCGAGGCGCAUCUUAGCACUGCCCCCGCUCCCCGGCCCAUUAUUUGGUGGCAUUUUGGUGGCGAAGUUGCCCCUCUACCCCAUCCCCGUUUGUAAAUAUUCUGUGGAGAAAAGGGGAUUUCAGGGAAUAAAGAAGCCACCGUUAUUUGUGUC